UCCAUGCCAUAAAAUCCAACCUAUGAUGUCUCUUCACAACCACACCUAAAUCAAAACAAAAUUCAAAUCCUACAAAAACCCUCCAAAUAAAAGACAAAAACUCAAUCUUGAAACUCAAACUCAAAGCACUCUGCACCAUUGACCUACCUAGUUCUUUAUCAGCAUUUUCAAACAAAACAGCUGCAUAACAAACACCAAGAGCCUAAAGUUUGCAGCUUUCUUCAUGGGCUCGAGCAUCCAGGGCGUCCCUCUUUCAGGUAUUAGAGCACCUCUAACUUUGGAUGACUCCGACAUUGAAUCUUCUUUUUCGUCGAAGAGUGGUAGCUAUUACAGUGAUAGUGAGCUUGAGAAUGUUGAGGGUGAUGGGGAUAUGUUAGAAGUUGGUGGUGGUGUUGAGGAAGAUGAAGGGCUUGUUGAAGAAACUGAAGUCGUUAGUGAGUUUGCGGCUUCUGGUGGUGCUGUGGUUGGAUUGAGUGGAGAAGUAGUUGAGAGUAGUAGCAGCAAGGAGCGUAGAUUUGUUCAAGAAAGUGGUGAUUUUGAUGAUUCUGGGUCGUUGUUGAGUGAGUCGAAUAAUGAUGAGCUAGUCGGAAAGUCGAAGAAUGGUGCGAAUUCGAGCAUUUUUAGGCCAAUGGUGGCUGAAUCGGAUGAGGGAGUUGAGGAGGUUGGGGAGGUUGAGGUUACACCAGUUAUGGGACCUAGAGUUUUAUCAGCAAGAAAGCUGGCUGUUCCUGUUGCCAAGAUAUCCGGGGACAGUGAUGACGACUCUUAUGGCAGCGUGGUUUCGGAUGAAGAAGGUUUCUAUGCUGGCGUUGCAAGGGUUCCUAGCAUUGAAGUGCUGCAUAGGAUUGGUAGUGCACCGAUAGUUAGAAUAUUGGAGGAUGAUGAUGAAGGGAAUGAGAAUGAGUCACAAGGUGAGAAUGUUGUGGAUAUGGAGCUUGAUGGGAACUUGCUAGAUGAGAUGGAGCACUCUCUGGUCAAAGAUAGUGAUGCCCUUGAUUUCAAUGAAGAAACUAUGGCUCACUUGUUGGAUGUGGACGAAGAGUUUAAUCCCAUGGCCGAAUCAAGGCAUGAUGGAGAGCUUAUUCAUUUGGAUGAGGAUAUUAAAGAGGUUGAUGUUGUUGAAGAGAGGAAGGAGUGUUUGGAAUUGGUUGGUUCCAGAGAGGAUGCUGAUUUUGCUGAGAGCAUUGUUUUGCACGAUGUAUCUUGUGUUGCUUCGGUUGAAGAAGCUGCAGGAAGUAAUACUGGUUUAGAGGAUAAUUAUAUUAUCAAUCAGGAGAGUUUGGAAUUGGUUGGUUCAAGAAAGCUUGCUGAUUUUGCCAAUAGCAUGGUUUUGCACGACGUAUCUUGUCUUACUUUGGUUGAUGAAGCUGCAGGAAGUAAUAUUGGUUUAGAAUUAGAGGAUAAUUAUAUCUUCAAUCAGAAUUAUGAGAGUGAGAAUGUGGAAGGAAUGAAACAAGGGAUUGAGCAGACAGUUGAGUCCUCUUGCUUUGAUGCUGACCAUGAAAUUAGCUCCCCUCAUCGUUGUGUUGACAUCAAUGAAGAUGCUAGCUCGAUAUGUGCAGUUGCUGCAAGUCAAUCUGUGUUUGAAGGGUCAAAAUUAGAUGAAGAAGAAGAAGAAGAAACUGGGAAAGAAGUUGAAGCCAGUGAAGUAUUGCCUAGUGACGUAGAAGAAUUGAGCUUUUACUUGGACAUUAGUAAAGCUGAAAUGGAUGUGACACAAGACUCUACUACUCCUAACACAGGAGGGGUUUUACUUGAUCAUUCAGAAGAGAUUGAUAGUGAGGUUCUUGUAGAUUUUCACGACGAGGUGGAUGUAGGUAGCGGGAUGAGUAAUGAGAUACAUACAAUUGAUGCUGCUGCUCUUUUUGAGGACAUAAAUAGUGCUGCCUUGGGUGAUGAUGAUGAUCUUAUCAAAGUUGCGUCAGUAUAUGGUGUGGAGAAUUCGUCCCUGGGUACAUUCGACUCUGCAAGAACGAGCAUCGCAGCUGAAACUCAUGGGAUGAGUAAUGAGACACAUACAAUUGAUCCUGCUGCUCUUUUUGAGGAUGUAAAAAGUGCUGCCUCUGGUGAUGAUGGUGUGGAGAAUUUGUCACUGGGUACAUUCGACUCUGCAAGAACUAGCAUUGCAGCUGAAACUCAUGGGGUGAAUCCUUCUUCUACCAUUGGUGAAGAUUUAAGUGAAAGGGAGAAGAUGAGUAUCAAAAAAAUACAAAAGAUAAGAGCAAAAUAUCUGUGCCUUCUAGAGAGAUUGGGCCAUUCCCCUGAGGAUUCUGUAGCUUUGAAGUUUUUAUACCAGCUGACACUUGCUGCUGGAAGUUCGCAUCUUGAUUCCUGCAAGAAUGCAGCCAUGGAGAACGAAGCACAAACAAAGGACAGUCCGGAUUUCCCGUUGACUGUCUUGAUUAUAGGAAAGACUGGAGUUGGCAAGAGUGCUACUGUGAAUUCCAUUAUGGGAGAAAACACUGCUGCAGUUGAUGCAUUUGAGCCUGCAACGGCUCGUGUGAGAGAAAUUGCUGGCUUGAUCAACGGAGUGAAGCUAAGGAUCUUCGACACCCCUGGUCUUAGUACUUGUUUGACAGACCAAUCCAGCAACAGGAAGAUUUUGUCAUCCAUCAAGAAAGUGAUGAGGAAAUGUCCACCUGAUGUUGUCCUAUACGUGGACCGCCUGGACACCCGAAGAGGCGGCCAUGAUGAUUUGUCUCUUCUGAGGCUGGUCACUUCAUCUCUUGGUUCAUCAAUAUGGAGAAAAUCCAUUGUUGCUUUCACACAUGGAGCUGCAACGCCUCCAGAUGGGCCUGAUGGAUGUCCUAUAAGCUAUGAGGUGUUCUUAUCUGAGCAGUCGCAAGUCGUUCAAAGCCUCAUUUGUCGUUCAGCUGGGGAGCCAGAGCCACUGGUGAUGACUCCAGUUUGUGUUAUUGAAAAUGCAGAAAAGAAUGGAGAUGGAGAAAAAGUGUUGCACAGUGGGUGGAGAGCUCAGCUGCUGCUGCUGUGUUGCUCAAUGAAGAUUAUAUCAGAAGUGGGGGCUCGGAGCCCUCUUGGAUUGCUGAGCCAUUUGCCUCCUAAAUCUCCUGAUUUGUCUCCAUUCUUGAAAUCCAAUGUUCAUCCAGGACUAUCUAGUGGUCAAAGUGGUGACAUUGUUGGAUCAGAUGCCGAGCUGUGUGAUCCAUCUGGAUCCAACCAAGACGUAGACGUUGAGCACGACAAUCCAUUCCCGUUCAAGCCACUCGACUCCUCACAGACUACUACUGAGCUCAGCCGGGACCAAUGGGAGGCUUAUGGGGAUGGAGAAGAUCAAGACUCAAUGGCCUGCCUUUUCACAAGGCCGGUUCUCACCCCACAUGGAUGGGACCACGGAUGCAGCUACGAAUAUCUGCUCAUUGAAGACAGAAUCAAGACUGCCAAUGCAAUGAUCUCAGCUUUACUCACAGAAGACAGAAAAGAACUCAAAAUCCAGCUGCAUUCAUCAGUUGGGAAACGAGCAACAGUGGUGGGAAACACCGGCAUCAUUCAAUCUGAAGAUGAUGCAGCAUAUGGUGCAACCUUGUUUUUCAAUCAAGACGAAGGCACUGUCGGGAUAUCGGCAAUGAGAUGGGGAGAUGAACUUAUCUAUGGCUGCAACCUGCAUUCUUGCAUCCGUAUCAGCAUGGAAUCCAAUCUUGACAUCACAGCUGCAUUGAACAGCAGGCUGAGGGGCAAGAUUUGUAUGAAAACGAGCUGCUCAAAUCAGCUUCAGAUCGCAGCUCUGGCUCUUGUCCCAAUUGCCAUAGCUGCGGUCAAGAAGCUUUUUCGACAGAUUGAUGGAUGAUGUGAAGAUAGUUAGAAUAGAGAAUGAACUGGUGUAUAUAGUGAAAAGAGUAACGAAGCAGCUUAUAUUUGUGAAUUAGUAAAGACUUGAACUUGCUUCUUUUUUUCUCUUAUAAAUGAAAAAAGAUUUAGCCAUUGAUAUA